AUGGAAGCUAGACACCGAAAAGCAAUCAUCGUGGAAACUGAGAAAAGGGUGGUAGAGGAGAAGGACCAGACAGAGGAAAGCAGUCCACAGGACUCAGAGUCGAGUUGGGUCAACACACAAGAAUCUAUUUUAGGGGACAAACCGUACAUUUUGCCCAACGGCGAGGUCUAUAAAAAGCGAGUGCGCACAGUGAUGACGCCCACCCAAAGUGAGUCACUUAAGAAGUACUUUAAGAUAAACCCGUUUCCUUCGGCUGAUAUCCGGGGAGCUAUUUCUGCCUCUUUGGGCAUGAAGCCUCGGACUGUCCAAAUAUGGUUUCAGAACCAACGACAGAAGAUGAAGCAUCUAAUGCAAGAGGAAGAAAAGAUCAAAAUUCAACGCAAAGAACCGAUCUACCAAGGGGACAAGGAUGAAGAAACUCUAUGGGUUUUAGCACACGUAUCCUGCGCAGUUUUUGGCACAGCCGAUGCUAUCUAA